UGGUACCCAGGUAGUUUGUUUUGAUUCUGUUUUGGAAAUUUUGAAAUCAAAAACUUGGAUUGCAAAUUAAUAGGAAUUUUAUUAUUAUUCUUAUAUUACUGAACUAAAAUUCGUGUUAAGUUGUUUUAUUUUGGUUAUAUGUAUUUGAUACGUACAAAAAGGGGGUUUUCUUUGCAAAUAAUAUCAAAUAAUGUUAUUUGGAUCCAGUGGUACUCUUAGGUAAAAGUAUGUGUUAAUUCAGAAUCUCCAAAUAGUCGUGAUUGGCUAAAAAGAUGCUGGAUAUCCGGGCUUGUCGGUCUUGUUUGCAAACCGAAGGCAAGCUAUCCAGGAUCCCUGAUGCUUGGUAUAGAAUAUAUGAGAAUUUGACCGGUGUUCAGGCUUAUAAAAAUGAUGGCUAUCCAAAUUUCCUCUGUGUCUUAUGCAAGGGUUACGUUACCAAAGCGAUCGCAUUUAGAAAGAAGGCCAGGCGUGCCUUUUACGUUCUGAAAGAAAUCAUGACCCUGAAGAAGGAGGUGACCGUACCAGACAUACUGACAGUGGACAGAAGCAUUGCGAAUCUGAAAUCAGGAAUUGGUUUUUGGCUCAUUGAGAAACAGGCUAUUUUUGCUGCUUACCCUUUGCCUUUGGAAGACGAAUCAAUGAUAUUGAAACAAAAAAUCAUCAUAGACAACUCGUGUCUUGUGUUCGGUAUUGACGGCGACCACGGCGACAGUCCCGGGGAACCCCCGACCCAGCAGGACUGCGAGACGGUGGCGCCACCUGCUGAGGCAGCCGGGGAUGAUAUAGAGCAAGGAGAUAAUUUUGGAGAUGAAGUCGAUGAUACAGUUCCCGAAUUGCCCGAGGAACCGGCGGAAUCGGAAAUCGAUAUGGAAGACAUAUUUAAAGGCCUUAACGAACCGGAAUCGGAGAAAUCUGAUGAUGAUGAGGAACUAUCGAAGAAUGUAAUACAUGUUGAAGAUGACGAUGAACCGGUUGGCAAGAAGAAGAAAGGGGAGAAGAUUGUGGUCCCCAAGGAUAAUAAGGAUAUUCCGAUUAUGACCAAAGCGUUGGCUUUGUCUCGCGCUCACAUUAAACUUCUAACUGAGGAGGAACAAUACGAGGCCUUCAAAAAAAGAUCGGAAAUAUUGAAGAAAUCAUUCUACGUUUGUGUUAUGUGCGUGGAGGUAUUCGACACUCUCGAAAUUUUCAGUUUACAUUUUCAAUACCAUCAGAACAAGAAAGAUGCUCAAUUUCUGUGCAACAUAUGCAGAGAUAAAUUUAUAUCUGAAGAGGAACUGGCAAAGCACACGAGGGAUAUGCAUUUGUACCAAUACACUUGUAAACAUUGUGGGGCGGUGCUGUAUACGAUCCUUGAUUUGGUCAGACACAAACAUGAGAAGCACGAUUUGAUGAAAUUUGACAAACGCGCUGAGGGCAAGCAACAGAAAUUAAGCGAUGUUUUCGAUAUAAUACCACUAUCGGAAGAAGAGAAGGUGGCAUGUUUCAAGAAGUAUGCAAGCGUUAAAAGUAAAUAUAAUUGUGAUGUGUGCGGAAUGGGAUUCCCUUUCAUAAAGGAUAUAAAAAACCACGCAUUGUUACAUCAACGCAAGAUCACUACAGAAAAAAAUGCAGAAGCGGUGGCGCAAUGCAAAAUAUGUGGUGUUUACAAUAAAAGCGAAAAUUUUUUGGCGGCACACAUGAAACGUUAUCACAACUACGAGUACAGGUGCAAAAUGUGCACUUACGAGACGGGACACAAAUUGUUCGCCGAUUACCAUCUGAACACGUUUCACGCUUUGAAAGAAUGCGUGUGUCAAUACUGCGGCUGGAAGAGCAAGACCAUAUACGGACUCAAAUUUCAUGAAAACGGCAAGCAUUGGCCUCAGAUAAGGAAAUGUCAUUGCGUAUUGUGCGGUUAUGGUGCUAUAUCAUGGUGCCGUUUGUACGUACAUCAGUUCAAGGAACACAACUUCAUUAAACUUCCUGAGACGCCGCAGGAGGGCGCUGAGAACGCAUGCGGGCAUUGCAAAGUUCAGUUUUUAUCGAAGGAAGCUUAUUACAAGCAUUUAAUAAAAGCAGGCCAUGAAGAACUUGAUGUUAUACCGUUUAAGUGUGUCCGAUGUAGAAAAAUCUUUGACAGUGAAGAAGAAGAAGUUUAUCACAAAAAAUCUGUCUGUACCAAAGGCGCUGUGUAUCCCAGUCGGUGCAAUAUUUGCGGCGAAACGGUGGAUUCUCAGUUCAAUUUCUACCGUCAUUGCAAAAAGUUCCAUCCUAAUUACACUUGUACGCUGAACAAGAGGAAACUCUGCCAUUCGUGUGGUAAAUCCUACUAUCACAAGUGCGGGUGCUCCGAUGCGGCAAGCGGCAGGUACAGAUGUUCAAUAUGCGACACUUUGUUCAGGGAGCCCUUGAAUGUCAUUCUCCACGUUUUGAAACAUCACAAGAAAUUGGCAUUUUCAUGCAAUAUAUGUACGAAAGCUUUCAAUAACCGUCACACGUGUAAAAAUCAUAUUUUGAAGAUUCACGCUCCGGUCAAACCAUACGAGUGUCCUAUAUGCAACACGGCGUUCUCACACAUGGACUUUUUAAAAACGCACGCCAAAGAAUCACACGAUGUUCAAGUGGAGUUAGACAAGAAACAAAUGAAGCGAAAGAAAUUUUAUCUAUACCCAAACAUGAGGGUAGAUCUGAGUUCCAUAGACAAGAGAAUCAUAGAGGAAUGCAAGAUAGCUGUGGCGGAUUAUACUGAUCAGAUAUUUGAAAACGUUGAAGAUUAUAGGGAGUAUGUUAUAACCAAUGAUGACGUGGUCUUUCAUGGUGAAGCGCUCGCGGCGCCGAAAAAGAUUAGAACAAAAAGUUGAGGGUGAUUCCACUAACGCGUUGAAAUAUUUGUCUAUUGUACUUAAAGAUCGACGUAAAAUUGUGCUUUGAUCGAGUUAAAGAAUAUUCUCUUUAGGUCAUCUUUAGUUAUAGAUAAGUGUAAAAUAUAUAUAUUUUUAAUAUGUAAUCGCUUUAUACUGAAAAACUCAAUAAA